AUGGACCCACAGUUGUCCUCUCAGAACGGUGUCUUUUCUCUGAUUCUACAACGUAUGAUGCUCGAAGCACAUGCGGCAAAUGGCGCCAUUCUGUCCAACUUCGGUCACGUAUAUCCAUCCGGAAAAGACAUUUCGAUGCCUUUAUUACCGCUUCCCCGGGGCGAUUCACGCGCCGGCAACGUUUCGCCUUCGUCACAGCUUUGGCGAAAGGACAGCAUCUGUGCGCAUAAACGCCAGAAUUUGGAAAUGAAAAUUUCGAUGCUGAAAAAGCGAAAAGAGCGCUUGGUGGAGAGCCAAAGGCAAAGUGAUUCAUGCCCGAGUAGUGCAGAGGCUUUGCGAAAAGCCCUAGCCGAUUCUGACGAGGGUGAGAUCAGUCGGGAGAGCUCGGAUGUGAAAAAUGAGUGCAUCCUAGACCUGGUAGGUGGGACGGAUAGCGAAGCGGACGUCGGCAAUGAGCAGGUUUUCAAAUCUCCUCAUGCUGCGGAUGUACACUUCAAGAAAACCCAUAAAAAGCCAGCUCCUCCCACCGAUUGUGAAGAAUGUGGAAAACGUUUUGCAUCUGCGUUCCAGCUACGCGAACACAUAUCGAUCCAACAUUUGAAAGAGCGCAACUUUGUAUGCGAAGAAUGCGGGCAGAAGUUUGGCAGAAGAGGAGGUUGGCUUUUAUUUUGUAUAGUUAUACCAUAUUUUCAUGCACAAAGUAAAGUUUUUUAGGA